ACAAAUUAAUCAAAACAACUAUUAGACUGCAGUACCUGCGUGUUUUCAUUGACUUUAGUCACUUUAAUAUUCAUAGUCAGUCGAAAGUUUUAACAAUUCAGUCAAUUUACACAAAUUUAGUUGACACCAUACGACACUCAACUUCAUUGUUUUAUCGACUCAUAAAAAUAGUAUUCCACAAUGAAUACCGAAAAGUUGUAUUUACCUAUUAAACGUGAAUUGUUGGAGUUUUAUGUUUUUUGGGUGGCAAUCCUAGUGUUCAAGUACUUAUUGAUGAUUGCCCAGGUGGGCUUAUCCAGAGUAUACUUCAGGGUACCACUAAAUGAAGAAGAUGGUAAAGUUCUAAAAGCUGCAGUACGUGCGCAUGAAGCUGUAGACCGAAAUAGAAGAGCACAUCUCAACGAUUUGGAAAAUAUACCGUUCUUCAUCAUCAUUAGUUUCUUGUAUCUACUAACAGAUCCUUCAGUGGGUUCCACCAAAUUGAUCAUAAGAAUAUACGUAUUGUCAAGAAUUCUGUAUACGUUUGCUUAUACAGUUUUGAAAUCUGUAAUAAGGGUUCCGAUAUUUGAAGUAGGCAUGUUUAUAAAUGGAUAUUUAACGAUAAAAGUUAUAUCUCAUUUUAGUUAAUAAAUAUUUUUAGUAAAAAAUCUCAACUACUUUUUCUUAAAUAAGCGUCCAGUGCUGAGUUUUUAGCGAUUUUUGAAGAGAAGCUUUUAUAGUGAUGUUGUAUUAAGUUUUUUCUAUAUUAAAACGAAAAAUCGUGACGACCGACAGCGACACGUAAAAUAUAUGGAAUAAUCAAUUUACUCAACAAGGGGAGUCUGUUACAUAAAUGUAAACAUUUUAUUUGUAAUAAUUAUAAAAGCAAUAUAUUUCUAUGUCCAGAAACUCUACCGACAAACGAAUACAGGAGAUUGCUCAGAUAAUUUUAAGACAAUUUAACCCAAUUCACCUAGUCCGAAAACGCUUCCUAAGGGAGCUAGAGCUAUUUGAAGAUG